AUCAUUAUCCAAUAGCGAACCUUAUGGAUUUUCAACAAAAAUUUUCUGGCCACACUGGAUUCAACACGUGCAGUCAAGUUGCUAGUGGCAUUUGGAAAUUGUCCGAUAAUUACCUAUAUAUUUAGUAAAACAUUUAAGUUGAAUAAAAUAGGAAUAUUGCUAAACUGGCGUUGAAAAUUUUUGCUAACGCUGUGAGGUUUUUAAGGCAAUGGUUUGCAUUCAAAAAGCUGCACAGCUAAACACCAAAAAAAGAAAGCAGCACAGUCCAACCACCAAUACGGAAUCAGAAAGGCGUGCGUCCAUUGAUAACUCAGUCGUGACAACGCGGGAGUGCUAUUCCAAACCUUUUGACAUAGAAAAGUUACCUAAUAUGGAUUUUGAAGAACUUGACGAUAAACUUAAGCUUCAAUUUUUGGCCGGCGCCAAUCUUGUAAAGCACGCACCACUUUUUGCUCCUGGUGGCGAGUUUCUAUUUAUACGAUACAAGGACGUAGUGCGUGUAUAUUCCACAGCAACAGGCCAGUUGGCACGUCAGCUUACAGGUGCUGGCGCCAUUCUUAUUUCGAUGGAAUUAGAAUUGCAAGAUAACGAAACCCUCGUUGCAUGUACAAAUAAUGGAAAAGUAUGUCGUUGGCAUUGGCAAACUGGGCGACUUCAACAGGCGCAUGAUUUGAAAAUGGAUCCAAAUCAAAAAGUGUUGACUUUUAAUUUGCUUAAUUUUUAUGCCAACUCAAAAACGGCUUGUGCUCUUGUAACAUUCCGUGACGAUAAUGAGGAGGAAGUAAAAUGGUUUGUAGCGGACACAAGUAGCGCGGAGCGUUUAAAUGUGCCUUGCCAAUUGAAUCUGCUGAACAAUGAUCCGCUUGUGGCGGUGGACACGAAAAUGUUCAAGUUCAUCGCAAUAGUGCAAGGCAGCUACGUAUACUUUCUUAAUUACAAAACAUGGGUAUGGAAGAGGUUAUUCAAUGCACAUCGUGUUCCUAUCACUGUUGUACGAACACAUCCACAAGAAGAGGCGGUAAUCACUGGAGAUGAAACUGGUAAAAUUUUUCUGUGGCGUGAAUUCAUGAGCACAGCCUCAGUGAAAACGACACUCUAUCACUGGCAUCAUACCUCUGUGACCAGCAUAGCUUUCACACCAACCGGUACUGGAUUCUACAGCAGUGGUAAUGAAUCGGUGCUUGUGCAUUGGAAUAUCAAGCGUCCAGAUUUGCGUAAUUUUUUGCCGCGCAUGGGCUCCGUAAUUUGCCAGCUGUGCGUCAAUGAUGAUAAUUCACAAGUUGCAGUUCUCACUGCUGAUAAUGCUGUCCAGUUCGUUGGCACCGACAACAAAGUAAUUAGAACCUUGCAGGAAUUCACCUACAUUGAAGACGAUAAAACGGGUAAUAGCAAAUUCCCAGUGGGCUUGCGUUUGAAUCCUCGCACAAACACGCUAGUGCUAAAUGGCAAGCAUGGUCAUUUACAAUUCUACUCUGUUUACACCAAGAAUAUGUUGUAUAAUAUGGACAUUGUGAUGCAAAAUCAGCUUUCAAUGGAGAGUGAUAAGGUUCUUUAUAACAUAGCUGUGACAAAGGCAGCAUUUAACAUCGACUGGAUGGCCACUGGCGAGGUAUUCAACGAUCGCGAACAUUUGCCUGAGUUACGUUUGAAAUUCUGGAAUUAUGAUGAGGCUGCAAAAACUUACUCACUUAACACAAAUGUGGAGCUUCCGCAUGAAGGUGGCUUUAAAGCCAUUGAAUUCUCAAAUCCAAGCCAAGUAGACAAUCUGCUGUGCGCCACUGUAGGCGAAGAUAAUAUCAUAAAGAUGUGGUCGCUCGAGGAGUCGGAUAAUAUAUAUAAAAAAGGGAAAGUUUGGUAUUGCAUAGCGGAAACAAGCUACAGCGGUUUGCCGAUAGAAUCUAUCUCAUUCUCGCAAGAUGGCUCUGUACUGGCUGCUGGUUAUGGCAACACGCUGUGCAUUUAUAGGGCAGAAAAUUUGAAACUUAGAGCAGCGCUAACACCACCUACUGGCUUUGAUGGUGUGGUCCCAUACGUGCACAUCAGUUUGCGACGGAAAGGUGUAGAGUCACCGUUAAAAGAUGAGUUCACGCCAGAAAAACGAAAAUGGUGGCUGAAACUAUUUAACAACUUUGUAGAAAAGAACGAUGAAACUAUUGUUAAGGAGCUGGACAAGUUAGCUAAGCGGUGUGAAAAAAUCGAUUUUAAGCCCGAAGAAGUAGCUGCAGAAGAAAUCGAUGAGGAGACAAAAAAGGAGCUGUAUAACAAAAUAAUGGAUAUGCAUCAGCUUAAUUUCUUUCAUAAAGUGCUGUUAUUCCAACGCCUCGGUAUACGCAUAAACGUGCAUCCUGAGGGGCGUGAGCGCAUACUCUCCUACUUGUACGACACAAUGUUACCAGAAGGUCAGAGGGAGCGCCUGCGCGAAAUGCAAGAGGAAGUGAAGCAUCUUACCGUGAGACAUCGCUACCGAGCGAAAUGGCGUUUACACGAAUCUGAGAAAAGGCUUAAUCGAUAUGAAGCGGCUGUGCAAGAAAAACUAUUGCCCCUUAUGGAGGUGCUCGAUCUCUGUGAUGAAAGUUCGAAAACAGCGCUUGCAAACGGAAAUAAAACGAAUAACGGCUCCGCAUCAGCAUCUGAGGCGACUAGAACAAAAGUGGGUGUCGGAAAGUCAGACGAAGCGGAUGCGGUCGAACAAAUUACGCUGCAUAACCCAGUAAUUGCGCAGAUCUCGAAGGUGCAAUUUGCGGCUGGAGAAUGGGCUCAUUUGGUCAUCGUCUGCACAGAAAGACGUGUUCUGAUCUACAAUUUACUUACGCUAAGAUUACAUGCUGCAUGCAAGCUGUCCGUCGAGCAUUUGGCAUUCGAUCCCAUAAGCAAUUUAGUGGCUGUCUUCACCAAGUAUAAUGAAUUGUACGUAUUCCAGCCAAAUGUACCGCUGUCCAUUUAUCGACGUCGCGAUAUGCCACCCUUGCUGGGCGCCGCGUGGCUGCCCCGACGACAUCCCAAAAACCGUUCGUUGAAUGUUGACUGGCAGGCGGUAUCUACGUUGUACUUUUUAACAGAUCAGCAGGAAAUCUACUACUUGGGCGUGCCAGAUAGUGCGGACGAUGAUGCGCCGCCCCCAAUUACCUUCAGCAGUUCGGCUAAUCAAGCAAUGCAGUAUAGUACCUUCGGCACUUUUGCCACCCAACAGCACUCAGAUAUGAAAAGCAGCACACGGCAGUCGAUUGGACCGCUGGUAAUCGGUAAUUCGCACAAAAUGGCUGUGAAAUCGCUAAUUGACAUGUCCACCCACACAAUGCCGCCUCUAAAUCUCCUAGCUGCCGAUUUUGUGAAAUGUUUCUUAAAAACCGCUGAUUUAGUAGCGAAAGUAGAUAAAACCACCGAUGAAGCGGAGACGUUGAACAACACAGCAAAGACAAAGUACAAGCGGAGAAAAAUGCUGAACGGCGGUGCUGGUGCUGCUUUUAUGAAUGGUCAUGGCGGCAGUGACUCAGAUGACGAGAGCGAUGAUGAUGAUGAGGAGGGCGCAGCGAAAAAUGCAAAUGCAAGCUAUGCCAAUCACUCCACCUCAGCGAUUGAUGAAGAUGUGGAAAUGGUGGACGAGGCCGCAGCGUUAAAGAGGCGCAAGAGUUUGCUAGUUAAAGGUGAACAAAUGAGUGCGGCGGCGACAGUACCGCAACGGAGCGACAACGAAGCACAGCUGAAACGAAUUGCAGCGUCGAGCUUGGAAGUAGAAUUUUAGAAUCAAAAUUGAUUUAACUGAAAUGAAUUUUACAUAGAUUCAACUACUAAAAUCUGAUGCAAACGGAGUGCGAUUGUUCGCAAAAUAUUAAUAAGUCAAAAGUGUACGUUUGUUUUUUGUUUUGAUGAAUUGCAUACGAAUGCAGUUUUCAUUACGUUUACUCUCAUGUACAGCUAAAUUUUGCUUCAAUAGAAAUAACGUUUGCUAAUUUACAUCUGGGACUAUACUUAAAGUUAUUGACUGCAAUGAAAUAGUUUUAAUAAAUCUGAUGUAAUUACAUACGUACAUAUUCAUGUUCUUUUCGAUUUUUAAUUUACAUAAAUUCAAAUGCACCCUUAAGCUAGACAUAUAAAUGAGUACCGUAGCACAUUACAGUUAAUGAAAUAUUAUUUACAAAAAAAUUUCCUUUUAAAAAUGUAAGGUGCACUUUUACAACAGCACGUAGUAUUUAAAAACUAUAGCCGCUAAUGCAAUCAAAUGUACACACAUACAUCCAUACAUAAUUACGAUCUAGUGUAUAUGUAUAUGUAGUGCGUCGCCGAUACAAUAACCUCAAAU